AUGUCUAGCUGUGAUAUCUUUUCUUGGAUUAUUUUUGGAAUUGUGUCCCUUAAUGGUAUCUUGGGAAAUGGAUUCAUUGUAGUGGUAAAUGGACAACAAUGGCUGCAAAGCAAGAAGAUGGUCCUUUGUGAUAUUCUCCUGACUAGUUUGAGCACCUCCAGAUUUAUAGCACAGUCAACUAUUCUGAUCAGCACCUUUUUUCCAAAGAUUUUUAUAUACUUUUCCUGGAUGUUUUCCAACAUGGUAAGCCACUGGUGUGCCACAUGGCUCAUUGUUUUUUGUUGCGUGAAGGUCACCAACUUUGCCAACCCUCUCUUCCUGUGGAUAAAAGCGAGGAUCAAUGUGCUCAUACCCAGGAUGCUUGGAAUGUCAAUAUUAGUUUCCAUGGUCUUUUUUCUUUCUUUAUUAGUCAGUUUUUUUGAACACAAAGAGUGUUACAAUGUGACAGAAAUUCUGCCAGGGAAUGCCAGUGGAAAUGAGGUUUGCAACAACACUUUCAUUGUUUUUGUUCCUCUGGAAUUCUCUUUUUCUUCCACAAAUUUCUUCCUGAGUACAACUGCAUCCAUCCUUCUGCUUAUUUCUCUGCAGAGGCAUACAAGAAACCUGAAGAAAAGCGGUCUUGGUGUGAAGGAC